AGGAGCUAGUCAAUUGGCAUGUUCCUUACUGGAAAUGCCAAGAGAGAUCUCGUUAAGAUCCAGUGAUGCUGCGAUGAUAGAUCAUGGGCAACCCGGAGUCGGCAAAAAACAGUCGUGUCUGCGACAGAGAUUUCGCAAGGAAAAAGCUGCAAACCAAUACCAGUUGAGUGUGUUGGAAAAGAAAGAAACGGGGAUUAAAGAAAUAAUCCAAGAGCUCAAAAAUGAAUUUGGGCAGGAUGAGUUUGAAACAGACAUCAUUGAAGAAUUGGAAGACUUUCACAAGACCUUGAAGGAGCCAAUGCAGGACAUAUUGUUUGAGUUGCAUGGAGGCUCUCGAAUGCGAAUCACUCCCCUGACGACGGAAGUCCGUCCAACGGCUGAGCUAUCUGGUGGUCCCCUCGACGAUAUCAAAGAUGUCCUUGCUGAACCCCUGGUUUUGCGGUGGAAAACUUUGGAAACAAAGUUUGAUGCUCUUCAAACUGAAAAUUUAAGUAGAUACAAGUUCUGCAACAGGCACUUCAAAUUGGGCUAUUCAAAAGUUUUAUUUCUCUUAGGAGAUCUUAUUCAAAAUUGCAACAUGGGGCCACCACAGUUCCUCCGACAUAUUCAGAUUUUAAAAUCAAAGGCUCUGGAUGAAGCGGCUUUGGCAUAUGUUGAUCCUCUCAUCGAUCACCCGUGGAUUCUGCAUGACUGGUUGACUCAACUUUCUCUACCGCUCUUUGCAUUCCACGCAGCUAUAAUUUUUGCCAUGGUAAUGAGAGACUUGAUGGGUUUUUGUGUCACUGAACACUCUUCACCUGUUUUUCUCAUUACGAACUGGGUCCAAUAUAGCGAUCUCACCCCAUGA